GGCCUCAGGGAAUUCCACCAAUCAGCGGCGCCGGCGCGCGCCCGCCAACCAAUGAAAACAAACUAAUGGUAAAGGGGCGGUGGCUUAAAGUUAAUUUGAAUAUGGGCGGGGCUCUCACAAUGAUAGCCAAUCAGAGCCCUCUCCGCGCGCCCGCUGGCCAAUGAUAUCCGCGGGGAGGGGCAAAGGGGAAGGGCGCAGCGACCGGAAGUGCGCCGGACCGGAAGUGCGGCCGGACCGGAAGUUUCUGCCGCACCGGAAGUGGCUCGUGAGGGGACGAUGGGGAUCGGCGGCAAAAUCAACCGGCCCCGAACGGAGCUGCGCAAGAAGCUGUUCAAGCGGCGGCGCGAGCGGGCGCGGGGGCGGCGGCAGAAGCGGCGGUCGCCGUCGGCGCGCGCGGGGCCGGCCGCGGUGUGGGGGAAGCGGCUGCGGAAGGAGCUGAAGCGGCUGCGGGGUGAGCGGGGGGCACCGGGAGGGCACCGGGGGCGGUACCGGGGGCGGAACCGGAGCCCCGAGCCGCCCCCGCUGUCCCCAGCGCUGCGGGCGGCGGCGCCGGGCGGAGCCGGGGACGGAGACGUGGAGAUGGCGGCGGCGGAGUGAGCGCGGGGACAGCGGGGACACCACACCAGUCACACCAGUGCCACCGGUGCCACCAGUGCCACCAGUGCCACCACCCCGGGGCCACCGGAGCCAGCCCGGUGUCCCCAGGGACCAAAGGUGGCACCGGCGGACCCAAAUCCGGCUUCCAGUCCCUCCCAGUAUUCCCAGUUCCUGUCCCCAGUCCAUCCCAGUGUCCCAAAUCCCUGUCCCAGUGUCCCCAGUUUGGCACUGGUGUCUCCAAUCCCCAUCCCAGUGUCCCCAGCCCCUCCCAG